UAUAUGUGCCAUGGAAACUACCGGGCGAGGUGAAGUCAUCAAGAAGGCAAAAAAUAAACUAAGAAAGCUCGGGGUCACUAACAUCUAUGAUGUACCUCCCACUGAUGCCUAUCUCUCAAAUGAGAAACGGUUGCAGUGGCUUGACCUCCUCCAUGGAUGCCUGAAGAAGGGUGACGAAGGGAUAUCUGCUGACCUAAUACAGCUGUAUUCUUUACCCAGCGUUGAGCGGUUAUGGAACCAAGGGAGAAAGGAUGUCACAGAAGCACAGAAGAGGCACGGAGAAGACAUUAGAGAAGCAGAAGAAGCAAAGAAGUUACUCCGAGGUAGAAUUACAGACUUAGAGCAGGAACUCAACGAGUCGCGUGCAAGUCGCGCAAGCAUAGUCAGUGAAAAGGGAAGACUACAAGAUACCAUGAAGGUUGAACAAGAAAGGCGUGAACAUAGUGAAAGGGCAAUGAUGGAAAACGAGAAAAGAGCAAAGCAGAUAAUGGAGACGUACAAGCAGAGGGAGAUGGAAUUUGAAAAGAAACUACAAUCAAAGGAUCUGCGUAUCGAAACAAUGGCUGAAAAUGUACAGGGGACAGAAGAGAAAGCAAGACGUCAGGUUGAGCAACUAGAGACCGACAACGAAGAAAUGAUGACGAAAUUAGUGUCUAAGCUACUACGGGAAGACACUUUGACAAAAACGCUAGAGGAGAAAGACUGGAACGAGACGACUCUUAGACAGCAAGUUGAAGAAUUAAAGAAAGGAAGAGAGGAAGACAGAGCAGGAGCUGAGACAGAGAAGCGCUCACUGGCAGCAGAAAUGACGAAUAUUGUAGAGGAGAAAGAGCGAAACGAGACAACUUUUAGACAGCAAGUUGAAGAAUUAGAGAAAGGAAGAGAGGAAGACAGAGCAGGAGCUGAGAAAGAGAAGCGCUCACUGGCAGCAGAAAUGACGAAUAUUGUACAGGAGAAAGAGCGGAACGAGACGACUCUUAGACAGCAAGUUGAAGAAUUAAAGAAAGGAAGAGAGGGAGACAGAGCAGGAGCUGAGAAAGAGAAGCGCUCACUGGCAGCAGAAAUGACGAAUAUUGGAGAGGAGAAAGAGCGUAACGAGACGACUCUAAGACAGCAAGUUGAAGAAUUAAAGAAAGGAAGACAGGAAGACAGAGCAGGAGCUGAGAAAGAGAAGCGCUCACUGGCAGCAGAAAUGACGAAUAUUGGAGAGGAAAAAGAGCGGAACGAGACUACUCUAAGACAGCAAGUUGAAGAAUUAAAGAAAGGAAGACAGGAAGACAGAGCAGGAGCUGAGAAAGAGAAGCGCUCACUGGCAGCAGAAAUGACGAAUAUUGUAGAGGAGAAAGAGCGGAACGAGACGACUCUUAGACAGCAAGUUGAAGAAUUAAAGAAAGGAAGAGAGGGAGACAGAGCAGGAGCUGAGAAAGAGAAGCGCUCACUGGCAGCAGAAAUGACGAAUAUUGGAGAGGAGAAAGAGCGGAACGAGACGACUCUUAGACAGCAAGUUGAAGAAUUAAAGAAAAGAAGAGAGGGAGACAGAGCAGGAGCUGAGAAAGAGAAGCGCUCACUGGCAGCAGAAAUGACGAAUAUUGGAGAGGAGAAAGAGCGGAACGAGUCGACUCUAAGACAGCAAGUUGAAGAAUUAAAGAAAGGAAGAGAGGGAGACAGAGCAGGAGCUGAGAAAGAGAAGCGCUCACUGGCAGCAGAAAUGACGAAUAUUGGAGAGGAGAAAGAGCGGAACGAGACGACUCUUAGACAGCAAGUUGAAGAAUUAAAGAAAAGAAGAGAGGGAGACAGAGCAGGAGCUGAGAAAGAGAAGCGCUCACUGGCAGCAGAAAUGACGAAUAUUGUAGAGGAGAAAGAGCGGAACGAGACGACUCUCAGACAGCAAGUUGAAGAAGUAAAGAAAGGAAGAGAGGGAGACAGAGCAGGAGCUGUGAAAGAGAAGCGCUCACUGGCAGCAGAAAUGACGAAUAUUGUACAACAGAAAGAGCGGAACGAGACGACUCUUAGACAGCAAGUUGAAGAAUUAAAGAAAGGAAGAGAGGGAGACAGAGCAGGAGCUGAGAAAGAGAAGCGCUCACUGGCAGCAGAAAUGACGAAUAUUGGAGAGGAGAAAGAGCGGAACGAGACGACUCUUAGACAGCAAGUUGAAGAAUUAAAGAAAGGAAGAGAGGGAUACAGAGCAGGAGCUGAGAAAGAGAAGCGCUCACUGACAGCAGAAAUGACGAAUAUUGGAGAGGAGAAAGAGCGGAACGAGACGACUUUAAGACAGCAAUUUGAAGAAAUAAAGAAAGGAAGAGAGGGAGACAGAGCGCGAUUUGAAAAGGAAAAACGGUCAAUAGAAUUAAGCUGGAAGAAGGAGCAUGACUAUAAGGAAGGGCUUUUAGAGCAACUUAAGCGUGAGACCUGGAAGCUGAGAACCAAAAUUCAACUAGAAAGUGAGAUACGAUCAGCAGAGCAGAAGAAGAAAGCAGAGACACAUCAAUGGAGUUUCAUUCCCUGGGUGGCUUCUGGAAAACAAGCUCAGAGUGGCACAUCAUCAUUUGAGGAUAAUUCAACCGGAGGACUGAGAAGGAGUGAUACAUUACAAGCAGGAGAGGAGCCCCCAGAUGAUGAGUUUGCAGACAUCUUAAUGAAGAUAGCUGACGACCUUUACGAUGAAGCCAAGAUUGACAGCCUUGCUGGUCAGCUGGGAAUCCUACAUGGUGAUAUACAGAGAGCGCUCAUGACCAAUGUGAAGUUCAACCGUGUUACCAGUGAUGGAACUCGUCAUAUGCUGAAACAAUGGAGAGAAGGUGUGUCCAGGGAAGAUGAACGGAUUGAGCUAACGAAGGCACUGCACGCUGCCAAGUUGGUCAACCUCGCAGACCUGUAUCUCAGCGAAGGUGUAGUAGAAGAACAGAUCGAUGCUGAAUAUGAUAAAGAAGGCGUCAAUGAUGAGCAGCUCUCUGAUAGAGAUGAGGCCUCUCUAGAAGAGGACCAGACCAAAGUACAAACCGACACCCAGGUACUUCAGGAAGCUACAGCAAGCAAUGACCACACUCCUCGAGAUGGGCAAACGGGAGACAUGGCUUCCAAAACCCAGGAGGACUUGACAGAUAGAAGUAGGAGUCUACAUCCUGACAACUCAUCGGUGCGCAGUACAAAGAACUUGGAUGCAUCUGAAGUGACUUCUAAAGAUGUUUCCUCUGAAGAAGUUCAUGCUGGUGAUGAUGUGACCAAUGUAAGUAGCAUUCAACCUGCUGACCAAUCGUCCAGCCACGAAAUGCAAGUCCUACCUGAAGAUUUGUCUGAGAUAGCCCCUCUGGUUUCUUCUGAUGGAAAACCCGACGAGGAAUCCACUAUCUUGGAAGAAGAAGAUCUGAUUUCUCAACUCGUUCUUAUUGAUACACCCCCGGAGAAAAUAAUGCUCCUUUUCCUCCUAAAGAUAAUAAUGGAUGUUCCCCAGAGAGUACUCAGUUUAUAA